ACUGACCCAAUAUUAAAGGAGAAGCUGAAGAAGUGAAACUCAAUUGAUUGAGAGAAAGAUGCCUUGUCUUUACAUCCACACCAACAUUAACUUAGAUGGUGUCGACACCGAUUCCAUCUUUUCUGAAGCCACCACCGCUGUCUCUACAAUCAUAGGAAAACCAGAGAAGUUUGUGAUGGUCCUAUUGAAGGGGUCAGUGCCAAUAUCGUUCGAGUGUAACAAAGAACCAGCAGCAUAUGCUGAGAUAAUUUCAAUGGGUGGCAUAAAUUCAGAAGUGAAGAAGAAGCUAAUUUAUACCAUUGGCACAAUAUUGCAGUCCAAGCUAUCUAUACCAAGAACAAGAUUUUUUCUCAAAGUCUUUGACACAACACUAUUUCGUAAUAAAUCCAAAUUGUAAUGUGUUUGUUUGAUCUGAUUCUGACCUGCCCACAAUAAUGUUCUGGUAUCUUUUAUAUGUGAUCAAGCUAUAACAUGUGUAUUGCUACUAUUA